UAAAAUAAAUCAAAAUGACAGGUUCUGGUGCCCCUUGUGGUGCCUGCAAGUUCUUGAGAAGAAAAUGUGUUAGAGGCUGUGUUUUUGCACCUUAUUUCUGCCAUGAACAAGGUGCAACCCAUUUUGCAGCUAUCCACAAGGUUUUUGGUGCAAGCAAUGUCUCCAAGCUGCUUGCUCACCUCCCUGUCAGUGAUCGCUGCGAAGCUGCGGUCACAAUCUCGUAUGAAGCUCAAGCUAGGCUUCAAGACCCCAUUUAUGGUUGUGUUUCUCAUAUCUUUGCUCUCCAACAGCAGGUUGUCAAUCUCCAGUCGCAGCUUGCUUCUCUCAAGGAACAAGCAGCUCAGAGCAUUGUUAAUGGCUCUGUUACUGCAAACCCUAAUGGAAAGCUUCCUUCACAGUUCCAAGAUGUUCAAAGCUGGUUCCACUCAGAUAAUUCAAGCAUGGCACUAAAAUUUAAUCCUAACAUUCCCAAUCAUCCCAGCACAAACUCGUACUGUGAGAAUGGGUUUUGGAAUCCAAACCCUUUAGGUAAUUAUGAGAAUUCAUUCACUUCGCCGGGAGAAGAUCAUGUGUCAUCCUAUACUACCACUACUACUUUUGGGGAGGCUUCUCAUGCUAUGUCUUCCUUAGACCUACAUACAAACAACAGACAAUGGGGUUUCCAGGAGGUGGAUGACCUUCAAUCAAUGGCCUUUGGAUAUGCUCAGCAAUAUUCAUGAUGAGGGGAUCCAAUCCAUUUACAUAUGCCCAAUUCAGCACAAGAGAUCAUUUAUAUAAAAACCAUCGACCUUCCAGUUUUGAAUUGAAUGCUGCAUAUUUUGAAACAUACAUGCACUUUUGUUGGUAUAAAUAAAAAAGCUAGGAACCCUAAAGGAUCAAUGUUCAUUUUGGAAACCCUAAAAUCUACCCUACUGUGAAUCUGUUUUCUAUAAAUUAAUCUGGCCUGGAUAUUAAUAC